AUUUCCGGAGUAAAAUGGCUGCAGCGCGUGUACUGAGGACCUGGAGCCAGAACGCUGUCAGACUGACCUGUGUUCGCUAUUUUCAGACAUUUAAUAGCGCCCGUGUUUUGAAGCCAAAAUGUGUGUGCUCUGUGGGUUAUCCAUUGUUCAAGUACAGUCAGCCACGUCACUCCCUGAGAACAGCGGCCGUGCUCCAGGGACAGGUUGUUCAGUUCAAACUCUCCGACAUCGGAGAAGGAAUUCGAGAAGUAACUAUUAAAGAAUGGUAUGUAAAAGAAGGAGAUACGGUGUCUCAGUUUGACAGCAUCUGUGAAGUUCAAAGUGACAAGGCCUCUGUCACCAUCACCAGCCGUUACGAUGGCGUCAUUAAGAGGCUCUAUUACAAUCUAGAUGAUAUCGCUUAUGUGGGGAAACCACUGAUCGACAUUGAGACAGAAGCUUUAAAGGAUUCAGAGGAAGAUGUUGUUGAAACCCCCGCUGUGUCCCAUGAUGAGCACACUCACCAAGAGAUAAAAGGCCAGAAAACACUAGCAACGCCUGCAGUGCGUCGGCUGGCAAUGGAAAACAAUAUUAAGCUGAGUGAAGUUGUUGGCUCAGGAAAAGAUGGCAGAAUACUUAAAGAAGAUAUUCUCAGCUUUUUGGAAAAGCAGACAGGAGCCAUACUGCCUCCCUCACCAAAAUCUGAAAUCACACCACCUCCACCACAGCCCAAAGACAGGACCUUUCCCACGCCGAUAGCAAAGCCUCCAGUGUUCACAGGCAAAGACCGAACAGAGCCAGUGACAGGCUUCCAGAAGGCAAUGGUGAAGACCAUGUCUGCAGCCCUGAAGAUUCCCCACUUCGGGUAUUGUGAUGAGAUUGACCUUACUCAACUGGUUAAGCUUCGAGAAGAGCUGAAACCUGUUGCUUUGGCGCGUGGAAUCAAACUCUCCUUCAUGCCCUUCUUCUUAAAGGCUGCUUCUCUGGGACUCCUGCAGUUUCCUAUCCUCAAUGCCUCCGUGGACGAGAACUGCCAGAACAUCACCUACAAGGCUUCUCACAACAUUGGGAUAGCAAUGGACACUGAGCUGGGGUUAAUUGUCCCCAAUGUGAAGAACGUUCAGGUCCGCUCUGUAUUUGAGAUCGCCAUGGAACUGAACCGCCUCCAGAAACUGGGCUCUUCCGGUCAGCUCGGUACCACCGACCUUACAGGAGGGACAUUUACUCUUUCCAACAUUGGAUCAAUCGGUGGAACCUAUGCCAAGCCAGUGAUAUUGCCACCGGAAGUAGCCAUUGGUGCCCUGGGAGCGAUUAAGGCUCUUCCCCGAUUUGACCAGAAAGGAGACGUUUAUAAAGCACAGAUAAUGAAUGUGAGCUGGUCAGCGGAUCACAGGGUCAUCGAUGGGGCCACCAUGUCACGCUUCUCUAAUUUGUGGAAAUCCUACUUAGAAAACCCAGCGUUUAUGCUGCUGGAUCUGAAAUAAUGGCAAACAGGACAUCUGUGAACUUUUCGCAUUUCCAAAGAGUGUGUGAGGCCUCGCUGAGCCAGCACAUACUCUGGUUGCGGCUGCAUUAGAAAUGGUUUGUGCUGCCUUGGUAGGGCUUUAAAGCACAGUAUUUCUCACUGACACAUUGGGCUUUCUGCUGGAAAGGAGCGGUGGGUAAGGCUCCCCUGGGUAUCACAUUGUGUAGGUCAGAGCGGGGCUUCCAUUAUGGUGCUGAGAUCUAUGUGUCAGUGAGUUGAAACAAGCAACAAAACAAAAUUGAUGUCACUAAAUGUCACUAAUGCCACUGAAGGCGAGUAGCAGUAUACAUGCAGAACUUGCCCUCUUUCUUUUUAAUUUUUAACUGAUUUUUUUAAUGAAACUUUUAAAUUAUACUUAAUCGGGGAAAAGACUCUGUAUGCAAGUAUGUUUUCAUUUCCCUACAAUCGAAGUAACUAAUGUACAAAAUAAGUGCAAUUCUGUUUAUCUCUUCAGCUUAUGAGACAUAUACCCUUGCCUUAUGUGUAAAGUAUCAUCUAUAAAUGUCUUAUAGCUAUAAAUUAGCAUUCUUGAAAGGGGGGAGUUAUAAGUUGGUCUUAAUUGGAGGUUACAACCAAAAAAGCUGUUAAGAGUAGAUGUGUAGAUGGGUGGAUGUGCAGAGCUGUGAGCGAGCUUCCGCAUUUUGCUGGGAAAUACUUGACUUUGCAAACUCAUUUUGUGAUAUAAAAUACCAUAAGCAUAGCAUCACUGUCUUUUUUUCUUUUAAUACUUAGAGAUUUGUUGCCUUUUGAUUUCAGUGACCUUCAGCGAGACACGAGAAAAGGUCUUGGAGUCUGUUCUGUCCUCCCAGCCCUCAGUAGGAGCACGUAUUAAUAAGAAGAGCCACAUGGGAAAUUAUGGGCAUAAAAUUAAUUUAUACAGAAAUGCUACUAAUGAUCAUCUUGAAAAAGGUCUACUUUAAUCAGAUAGCUUCAGGGGGAUUCUAAUUCAAGGCUGAGAAAGCCUUUAUUCCAAGCACUUGAGAAACAAAGACAAGUGGAUCUCUGAGUUCGAGGCCAGCCUGGUCUACAGAGUGAGUUCACAGACAGCCAGAGCUAUGUAGAGAAACCCUGUAUUUAAAAAGAAAAAGGAAGGAAGGAAGGAAGGAAGGAAGGAAGGAAGGAAGGAAGAAAGAAAGAAAGAAAGAAAGAAAGAAAGAAAGAAAGAAAGGAAGAAAAGAAAAGAAAAGAAAAGAAAAGAAAUUCAGUAUUUUGAAAUCUAGGUUUGGAGGUUUUUUCCUUCUAAUAUUAUCUAACUAAGUAUAUCAUGAAAAAAAUUACUUAUCUAAAUGAAAGUUUUGUGGUAGAAAAAAUGGUCAUUUUAAUGCCUGUUUGAUUUUUUCCAAAAAUGGAACUAUGUUAUAAAUUUAGUAAAUGCUGUUUGGUUGGAAAUUCCCAUCAUGAAACCCAUUAUUUUUACAUAAAGAAAAUUAACAAAAGAAAACCAAUUCCCAAUAGGCAUUUUGUCCGUAGACCUCUAAUCCCCACACAGGCAGGCCUUGUUAGGUCCAUAGUGAGACUUCGUCGGAAGGAGGGAAAACUACAGGUAGCGUGGAGGAAACACACUGUUAUCUAUAAUCUAAACAUUGUUAACAUUCUGAUACAUGUAUCUGUAUACAUAGGUAAGUAUUCUUUUAUAAAAAUGAAAUAAUGUAUCUACUAUUUUAUAAUUUGAUUUUUUAAAAAUUUAUCCUUAUAUUAUGGAUACCUUUAUAUGUCAAUAAACAGUUCCACAUUAUCAUA